GCAAUGAAUGAGCGCAUAGGCUCCGAUUCAGCUUCUUCCAGGAACCAAAGAUAAAAGUCUCAUCCUCUUCGAUCCCUCUCAAAACUUGCAGACACUGACUUUGCAGGAUGUUCUUCUUCCGCAACAGCUAGCAGAUGCAGAAAUGGGGGAAGGAGAAGGUGGAGCAGAAGGAACGCCAAGACAAUCCCUCCAAGAACAGAGUUGCCAAGAAUCAAACCCGACCUGCAAACGGGCCAUCGAGUUGGUUUCUUCGUUGGCCUCCCUGUCUCGCUCGAUCAAAGUCUUCACGGUGAAAUGGCAACUCAUUCGGAGCAAGCUGGUGGAGAUAUCUUCUGCACUGGUCGUCUCCGAUGAGGGGGAUGAGCUUUCGGGCAUGGUUCAAGAAAUGAUGGUCACGGUCGGGGAGUGUCGUGGCCUCGCUGAGAAAUGCAUGGCUUGUUCCUACGGUGGGAAGCUGUUGAUGCAGAGCAAUUUGGACAUGGUCUUGACAAAGCUGCAUUGCCAUGUCAAGAAUCUCUCUGGGAUGCGGAAAGCUGGUCCUUUUCCUCACGGGUAUGCCAUUGUUGUCUCAAAGCCGAGGUUUGGGGCUUGUAAGGAGGACAUGAGGUUUUAUGUUAAGGAUUUGUUGACAAGGAUGAAAAUUGAGGAAGACCCGGAAAUAAAGAGGCAAGCUCUGGUCAGUUUGCACGAAGUUGCGAGCGAAGAUGAGAGAUUUGUGAAGGUGGUCACGGAAGUUGGGGAGAUCAUUCACCUCUUGGUCAGCUUCCUUGAUUCUCUGGAGAUAGAAGUUCAAGAAGAGGCUGCAAGAAUGCUCUCGGUGGUUGCAGGGUUCGAGUCAUGCAGGGAUGUGGUGAUUAGUGCAGGGAUUGUUGCUCCACUGGUUAGGGUUCUGGAGUGGGGUGGCGACGUGGGAAAAGAACUGUCUGCAAGGUCUUUGUUGAAAUUGACUGCUAAUUCGGAGAAUGCAUGGAGGGUCGCCGCUCAUGGCGGUGUCACAGCUCUGUUGAGAAUAUGUUCUUCUAGCACCGACUUCUCCAAGGCAGAGUUGAUUUGCUCUGCUUGUGGGGUGCUGCAGAAUCUCGCCGGAGUUUUGGAGAUCAAGAGGUUUAUGCUUGAAGAAGGCGUGAUUUCGGUGCUCCUUAGGCUUGCAGGGGCUAAAGAUGAGACCGUGCAGAUUAGUUCAAUCGAGUUCCUGCAAGAUUUUGUCUCAGGGGAUGAGUUCUUGAGGCGAAUGGUUGUCGAAGAAGGCGGACUUCACGCUUUAAUGCGCCUUCUCAAUCCGCUAUCAUCGUCUUCAUCGUCUUCCAAAGCACUGGAGGUAGCUUUCAGGGCAAUUGAGGACCUCUGUUUCUCUUCGGAGACCGGUGUCAAAAUGCUGCUGAAGCACGGGUUCGUGGAAGUCCUAGUCCGCUUCCUCCGCGACCGCGAGGCCUCGGUCCAAGAACUGGCCUUCAAGGCGGCAUUCAAGCUGACCAAGACAUCAUCCGAUGAUGCCAAAAGGGCGCUAGGAGACGCUGGCUUCAUGCCGGAAAUCGUCCGGUUCCUCGGCGCGAAAUCGCACAGGGUCGGCGAAAUGGCGGCAGAUGCGCUCUCCAGCAUGGUUUCGAUCCCGAGGAACAGGAAGAGAUUCGCUCAGGACGAGCAGAACAUGGAACUCCUGAUGCAUCUGCUCGAGACGGAGGCGGAUCAUUGGGGCGGGAGGAAGUUCUUGCUAUCUGCGUUGAUGUCGUUGACGAGCUGCGGCAGCGGGAGGAAGAAGAUUGCCAAUUCCGGGUAUCUGAGGACCAUAGAGAAGCUCGCAGAGGAUGAGGUUUCAGAUGCCAAGAGGCUCGUGAGGAAGCUGUCCACGAACAAAUUCCGUAGCAUGUUGAGUGGAAUUUGGCAGUCUUGAAUCCAAGAACACGUAUGCUUUUCCACUUUGUAUAGUUUCACUCCCUUUCUGUGCUUAGUAAACUUGUUCUUGCUGAA